UUCCAUGAUUUUGCAGAAGCCAACAAGGAGAACAAGGAGAUGAAGUUCCUGGCAGUCGGUCUAACAGAUGAGAAACAUGAAGGUUCAACCAUCUACCUUUAUGAAGAUGGCUUCCCUGUCAGUAGGAACUUUGAGCCUCCUUCAAAGCCUGAAACUGUGACGGCUGCUGAUGUAACCCACAGCAGUGUGACUCUGAAGGUUUCUCCUCCCAGGCUUGGAGCAGAGAGAGUCACCUCCUACUCUGUGGAGUUCUGUGUCAGAGGACAAGAUGGAUGGAGACAACAGAGUGAACCAAAAUCUGGAGAAAUCACAGUGACCCACCUGCAGCCAAACACAGAGUACAUGUUCAGAUGCAGAGCUGUGACCUCAGCAGGUGUUGGACCGGCCAAUGUAAUCAAUGAUCCCAUGAAAACUUUACCCUGCAGUCCUCCUGGAGAACCUCGAGGUGAACCAAACUCUUCUGAGAUAUCAGUGAGUUGGGAGAAACCUGCUGAGCUCGGACCAGAUGUUCAGACCAGGAGAUACAUUGUGGAAUAUGCAAGCAGAGCCGAUAGUUCAAAAGUAGAAGAUCUCAUCUGGAACCAAACAAGGUCAACAGGUGAAAAGGCCAUCAUUUCAGGACUUCAGUCAGGAACACAAUAUGCAGUCAGGGUCACAUGUGACUGUGGAGGAGCCGGCAGGAGCAAAGAAAGCAAGAUUGUUCAGGUUCGUACAAAGUCAAAGCUUCCUGAUGCUGUUAAAGCUGAGAGCACAAAGCUGAAGCCACAGUUCGGACCGCUGCCUGUUUAUAGAGUUCCUCUGAAGGAGAACAUCAGAAUACAGGGAUGCAGGUUCUUCAGGUUUGGAGAACAAAGCAAAGUUGCUGCCAAACAAAGUCGUACCAUCAUGGUUCUUGGAGCUACAGGUGCUGGGAAGUCAACCCUCAUCAAUGGGAUGAUAAAUUACAUUCUAGGUGUUAAAUGGUCAGACUCGUAUCGGUUCAGCUUAGUGGAUGAUGGUCCAACAAAAUCCCAAGCUCACAGUCAGACCUCUGAGGUCACUGUGUACAAACUCAACCACAGGGACGGAUUUGAGGUUCCCUUCUCUCCGACCAUCAUAGACACUCCAGGCUUUGGAGACACCAGAGGAAUAGACAGAGACAGGGAGAUCACAGAGCAGCUCUGUAACCUCUUCACUAGUAAAGACGGGGUCAGUGAGAUUGAUGCUGUGUGUUUCGUAGCUCAGGCAGCUUUAGCUCGUCUCACACCAUCACAGAAAUAUGUCUUUGAUUCCAUUCUCUCCAUCUUUGGCAAAGAUAUAGCAGAAAACAUCAGGAUCCUGGUGACCUUUGCAGACGGUCAGAAGCCUCCAGUUCUAGAAGCCAUCAAAGCUUCAGGCGUACCAAGUCCGAAAGGGAAAGAUGGUCUUCCAGUUCACUUCAAAUUUAACAACUCUGCUCUGUUUGCUGACAAUAAUCCAGAGAGACUGAGUGGGGAUGAGGAUGAUGAUGAUGAUGAAAGCUUUGGUAAAAUGUUUUGGAACAUGGGAACAAAAAGCAUGAAAAGGUUUUUUGCUGCUCUAAAUCAGAUAGAAACCAAAAGUUUGACACUGACAAACGAGGUCCUGAGAGAAAGAAAACAGCUGGAGGUUUCAGUUGAGAAUCUGCAGCUUCAGGUUAAACUUGGUUUGGCCAAAAUGGAGGAGAUCAGAGAGACGAGAGAAAAAAUCAAAGAGCAUGAAGCCGAGAUCAGUAGAAAUGAGAACUUUGAGUUUGAUGUCCCUGUGAAGAGACCGAUACAAUUUGAUAUCUCUGGUACUGGCCACUUCAUUACCAACUGUCAGCAGUGUCAAGUCACCUGUCAUUACCCUUGUGGAAUACCAAAUGAUGAUGAGAAAAGAGAAUGUUCGGCGAUGGACAGCAAUGGAUACUGCACGAUGUGUCCAGGGAAAUGUUACUGGAACGUUCAUUACAACCAAAAGUACAGGUGGGAAUAUAAAGAUGUUAUAGAGAAACGGACAGUCGCAGACCUGAAAGAAAACUAUGAAAAGGCCUCAGGGCAGAAGAUGACUGUUGAAGGCCUGAUGAGAGAACUGGAGGCUGAAUAUGGCAUCAUGCAGAAAGAGGUGAAUAAAUUAAUAGACAAGUCAGCAAAGUGUCUGAACCGACUGAAGGAGAUAGCACUGAGGCCCAAUCCUCUCACCACUCCAGAGUACAUUGAUGAGCUGAUUGAAGGAGAGAAACAGGAGGGAAAACCAGGCUGGAAAAGACGAAUUCAGUCACUGAUGAACAUGAAACAAAAAGCAGAGUUCAUGGCUAAAGUGGAGAAAGGAGGAAAACCUCUCCUCUGAUACAGUCGCUUGAUGUGAAAUCUUAAAUCCCCAGAUUUCCUCAGAACCAUUUAAAUGUUAAUUUUGCAGUACUUUUACUGCUCUCUUAGUUUUUGUUCAAAGUAAUUAAUUUUGUUUAAAACAGGAAAUAUAAAUCCUUAAUAAACAAAUUAUAUUAUUUUACUAAGAUUAAAUACAUUUGGUUCAGUUGGUCUGAGUCUAAUUUCCUUUUUUGACACAUCAGGACAGAUAAAAUGUAAAUAUCUGAGCAACAUAAUCAUACAGCUUCAAUCCCUUUAUGAUAAAAUAAUCAGGUGAUAUUACUGAAGGAAGUCAGACCAGGUCAAAGUGAUUCCUGGUCUCUGUCUGAUCUGAAUCUCAGGGAGUUUAAAAAGUUAAACUGAUCUUUUUUCUCCUGACCUUAAUGUUGUAAAACACCAGAAUGAGAAAACAACAUAAAGUUUUAACUAAUGAACUUCAGUCUUUCUGAAAAACAUUGUACAAAGUAUCAGCUGCUGACCGAGGAAGUUUUAAAAGAAAUAAAACAACUUCUUAAAGCCAUCGAAUGUUUUUACUGACAAGUCAAAGCUGGACCAAAGAAAUGAAGAAACCAAAGGAAAAGAGCAUGAAGCCUUUAUAAGUUCAAAUGAAAACUUUGAGACUGAAGUGAACGUCACCAAAACUCACAACAGAAGAGCAACUUUCAGUUGGCAGAGAAAUGAAAAGCAAACGAAGUGAGAUUUCUUUAAAUAUUCAGAACGUCAGCAGCUCUCUGGAUGUUUUAACAGUUUUAAAGGUUUGUUUUUAUGAUCAGCAAUGCAUGAAAUAUAAAAAUACCAAUACUAUAGAUCCAGCUCUGAUACUUCAAACUAAUAUUUUAAAUAAUCACAAUAAUAGGAACAUUUAAGCUUUAACCUUCUAACUUGACUGUUAACUUUAUGUGAGUAGGGCUGGUUAUGUGUGGGUUGAUGCUUUUUUAUCUUAUUUCGUAAGAUGAUUUUAGGUUCAGUUAUUCCUUUAUUAUAAAACAUAAAAUCAGCUCUUAAUUGUUGGCUUAAUUUGAGUGUCAUAUUUUUGCUGUAAUUUGAUUUAAAAGGGAAUAAAGACCUGCAAAUAUUUGUAAAACCAGUAAAAUGAUUGUGAAAAAUCACUGUUUAAGAUUUGUGCUAAAUAAAUAAAUGUUUCAAUACAUAA